CAGUAGUCCACACAUUGAAAACGGCAAAAUAUCCUUGUCAUCAUCACUUUUCUCAAAGGACAAGCUUUCAUCGUUUGAUAUAAGGUAGCAGCAAGAACCAAAUAUCGCACAACAAUAUGAAUUGUAGUUGCAAAACUGUGUCCACCUGGAGACUUGAACAUGCAUGCAGCCACCCCAUCAUCAUGAAAAAGUAGACAAAGUUUAGCAAGAUUUGAUGUUUGGUUUGUUUCCCUUUGUUGUUUUGCUACCAGCAGUGGUGGAUUGUGUUUUCUUUUUAUCUCCCGGUGUUGUUGCCAGCCCCAGAACAGGCAAUCCUUUCUUUAACAAAUGAGGAUAUGCCAGAUAUGGUCCGAGAGCUCCAUUGACGAGCAUCAUGACGACCAAUAGGAAUUGUAGCCAUAGGGGCACAUCGGUAUCGGAAACCAUGACCGUGUAUGCGCCUGCAAAUUCAGCCACGGCUCCAAUGGGGAAUGUGACCAAUGGCACGACCAUUCGAAUGGAUCGAGCCAGAUUGUUUGUGGGGAACAUGUACAUGGGAUACCUGGAUACUUCGGUGACGGCCCACGAAAAUAGAACUGCCGUGACGGCGUGCCAGGAACUGUUGUUGGUUUCUUGUAUGGCGGCAGCUCUCGGCAGCACUUGGACAAUGGCAGUGAUGCGGAUGGUGUGCAGUAUGGAUCCGAGUGUGAUAUUCCCCGGUACAUCUCCCAAUGCAAUUCGGAGUACUUCAAUGACACAUAUCCCCUCCAAGGCAAUGGUUGGCAUUCGAACUUUGGAGAGUGUUUCUUGUUGUGUGUCCGAGGAGACGAGUAGAGAAGCCAUGAGACUCACCAGGACGUACAGCCAUCCGCCAAAUGCUACCCAGUUCAAACCAGAAAAGGCGGGAGCCAAAGGGGCCAAGGGAGACUUUUUCCUGUUGCUCGACGUCGUCGUCGUCAUGAUGCUUCCGUGUUGUUGUUGCUAAUGCUUUGAAUCCUAGGAGUGAGAAUGGCGCCCGCAAAAGUCGCGGAACGAGCCGCUGUCCUUGAAGCUUUGAAGCUUUCAAGGCUGUUGAAGUCGGAGGUGAUGGAUGAUUUAGUGAAGCUGACGUGUCAGCGAAUUCCGAUCCACUCUUGCAAGGGACGAGAAAUUUGGCGGGGGGAAAUUGAAUGAUGAUCACGGCAGAUGAAUCUCUUGGUUUCACAGAAUCGAAUGAAUCUGUGGCAUGCCAAGCACGACGCAUUCAGAUAGGUUCAAUACGACUUGGUAGCUUGUUACGGCAGUAUCAAGUGCUAGUACCUGGCGGGCAAGUAGAGGCUGGUUUCUCGUCGUGAUCGUACACACCACAAUACAUAAGAUGUUAUCAGGAUCAAAGUACAAUGAUAGAAGGGAGCGACAGCGUCAGUCGUCGGCUCGGCAAAGCUUCUUUCUGACGACGGCAAAUACCGCACACGUUCGACGGCUUCGAUCUACAGGCACUCCUCUUGCGGACACGGCUGCCCUCUGCUCAACUGGAGACUUGCCUUCUCCUCCUCUUUCCAAUGAUGUUCCUCAACAUCAUCGUCCCAUAGUCAAGACGCGCUCGUUAGACUCUGGAGUAGCAAUGUCCACAAUGCACUUCAACCCAAACAAUCCUCAAGAUGACUAUGGCAGUACCGGUACCAUCAUGGCAUCCGAGAAGGACACGCCUUUGCUAAUAGGAGGACCUACGUUAAUGACGGGUAGGUCGAGAUCCAUGAUGCCCUUGCAUCAUGCUUCCAAUUCUUGUGCCGAUCUUCCCGCUCUAGAUGAAAAACCGAUUUUGGAUGUAGUGGACAGAAUAGAAGACACUGUGGAGGCAACAGCCUACGAGGACUUGAUUCCUCUUGAAGUGAAACGAGCUCUGGAGAACAGAGUCUUUGGAUGGACACACUUGACGUCCAACAUUCUGGGACAUACAUUCUACACGGUGGGAUCAUUUGUACUCGCCUAUUUGGUCCUAUCAGAAGUCCAUUACCUCUUUCAUGUACAUAAACAUCAUGGAGAACCAUACAAUUUUGCUAAAGGAGAGGACGACCUUUGGUUCCGAGUGACAAGACUUGCACUCUCGGCAUUCUUCUCCCUCUCCACUUUUCGAAUGGUGCGAAGACGCCGACAUGUAUGGUUUAGAGCUCCCUAUGGGUCCAAAGAAUACCAAAACGAUGCUGCUAGGAGACGAAUGACCGUCCGAGAAACGGAUCAAAACACACUGCUGGGACGACUCAUGAGGCGAGGCAACGAACUCAUGCAGAGACGUGUACAGAAGCGACUCAUGAAAGCACAUAAAAUGUUCCAAAAGAAACACCAACAACAAAAACAAAAAAUCAAACAAGAGCAAGAAAGACUACUCAAAGAACAACAACAAAAGCAACAACAAGCAGCCACGGAAAUGCAAAUAACAACAACAACAACCAAGGAACAACAAGAUGACUUUUGCGGUCCAGCAUCGCUGUGCUAUUCUCCCUGCGACUCAUUUUGUGGAAAUGUGGAGGAUGUGGAGCAUUCCCAAACCGACAACAGCAGCAGUGGAUCGACAUCGAGCUCGGAUGAUGAGGCCAUGAUGGCGUUCUUGCAAGCAUCGGAUACCAUGUCCAGCUUUUCCGAUCUGAAUCCCGAAAUCAACCACAAUCUGCAUUCACGACGCAAACGGAGGCGAAGGACCUUUCACACUCGGCCCACUACCCAAACAGAAUCCAUCAUGCACGACCAAGUGCUUCUGCGCAGUGGGCCUAUUCGACACAUGCCAUACAGUCACGGAGGAUUCUUUGGAGCUGCGCCCUUUAUGCUGGCAAAUCCACACUGGAUUUCAAUCCUCAGGCAUCUUCUCCCUGAUGUGUAUGUCGAGAUUUCUCGUCGUGUCGCGUACGCUCCGGCGUCAAAACUCAUUCAUUGGGCAGAAAACAACCCGGUUGUGGCGGCCUAUGGAGUUGCCCACAGCUUGGAGUUUGGAAUCAAUGACGCCCCUGGCGGCACAGACGCAGCCACUGCCGAUAAUACCUGUACAAACGCCGAUAAUACCAGUACAAACGAACAGCGCGUCUUUACAACACCCAACCUUGAAUGGGACGUCUUUUUGGACCCCUACAAAGUUGCAGAAGUGGAAGCAGUACUGCACGAGCGCGACAAAUUCCUCUCUUCCAUUCUGCCUAUGGAGCACUACUCCUUCUAUGAAACACACAAACCAUUGGGCCUGAGCCUGGAAGAUUGGCUUGAAUCAAUCAAUGAAGCAGCCAUGAAUAGUGAACAUAUUGGGGCGCGGAUCGAAUUCACCGAAUCUCAGCGCCAAAUUCUAAAAUACUACGCGGAUCAACUCGAGGGACGAGCUCAGACUAUGGUUGACAAAAUGUUGAUUGCGCAUGGCAAGCUCACCCACUUGAUCUAUGAACAAUUUGGACUGGCAAAGCGAUAUACUUUUUCGAGAGUCAAACGAACUCGAAGGACUCUUGGCGGUGGCAUGUACUUACGGCACUGGAUGGCUGUCUAUGCAGAAGCCUUGAAGCUUGGGUUGUGCGAUGACAACGAAAUUAUUGCUAGCUUUUCCGCAGGCGAAGCUGAUGUCAUGGCGUCUAUCAAGAAUGUCGACUCUUACAUGAGCACCAGUUUGAAUGCCCUGACAGAGGCAAAGUUCCCGGACUCUUCCAUUGCAGAAUCGGUAGCCACGAUCCAGUCAAUCCUGCGACGUCGUGGAGACGAGCGGAUUGAUGCUGAGUGUCCGGUUGGAAUCGUUCUCGAUAUCAAGUCAAGAUACAUUUCGAAACGAGUCUGGGCUUGUGCGGUUGACACAUUGCGAGCCGCAGGAGUUCGUGUCGUUGGCCUUGCUUCCUUUGCAGUUGAUGAAAUCAGAGGCAUCAGCAAGUUCUGCUCGGAACCUCUCAUGGAGGUAGUCUUCUGCCACAGCGCUGGAGACCUUCAACGGGCUUGCCACAAUGGAAAGAUCCGGUACGGCGACAAGGUUUUCUUUAACGGUGGUAGCCUGCUGUGGGAAGGGACCAAUCCCGAGCCCGGUUGUAGCCUUGGCUUCGAUCCAGAGUUCACCAAGCGAAAUUAUCGCAUCCUUCCAUUCGGUCGGACAAGGAAAAUGCAUGAAGCUAAUCGCGUCAUGUUAUCGUCGAAAACUCUGACCAUGUCGCCGUCCAUGACACUAUCGUCGUCUUGGUCCGAAGGAAGCACAAUCGAAAUGUACAAGGAGCGCUACGGUUUGAGCAUCGGCCUCUACAGCCAGGAAUUUGCAAUUGACGACGCUGCUGCAAACUUGAUCGUUGAACUCGCCAAUAACAAUCCUCAUGUUUACGACCUCGGUCUCAGCUGGGGUGGUAUCAAUGGCCUCACCAUCAAAGGAAUCCAACCAGGACGAUUCACCAGCACGGACGGCUUCUGGAACCAGCGCUAUGUUGGUGCUCGCUGGGAUGUUAACCUCUACCCUCCGCCAAUAAGCCAUUCGCCAACGAUGAGUCCACAGUGUUCGUCGCUACGAGAUGAUAACGACAACAAUAGUCGCAUGGCAGAAAAUAUUAUGCUGACCUAAUGUACAAAGAUGAAGAGAGACCCGAGCCUACAGUGGGUCACUUCUAACGAAACUAUUAGUAAAAUGCAUGUACGAUGGAAGUAGAAUGUGAAUUGAUUUGUAAUGUUUGUUAUCUAUAAUUGUUUUGUAUUUCUAGAGUGAUAU